AUGAGUCGGCCGGCCUCUCCGCAAGUGGCGCCUGCUGAGCAACUUUCACGUUCCGCGCCCACGGGCACGCACAUACCUCAAGUCUGCACAUGCGGUGCAUCAAGCGACGUAGAAACAGAUGAACGGACACGGAAUGAUCUGGAGCCACCACCGCAAGUGGAGCAGCAGCAGCACCAGGAGCUACGACGCACAGAAUCCAAUGCCGACCUGCCAGUGGCGCCGCUGCCAUGCCGACGGUGCGGCGGCGCAAAUCGACCCGCGGCCCAAACCAACCCAUCCGCUGCUGCCGCUGCCGCCGCCGCCCAGAGCCGAGGUACCGACUCGGAGAAAUCUGCUCUCGAACGUGCCACCUCCUCGACGAGCGACGUAGAGAAAGGUCGUGAAACUCCCUUGGUAGAUACACCACCAGGACCAUCGGCAAUCAUCUUCCCCGAUGGAGGAUGGAGAGCAUGGCUGUGAGUUGUGACUGGCCGAAUGAAAGAGAGGAAACUAGCUCCGAAUUUUAGCGUGCCUGUGCCGCUUUUCCCUGCCGUGUCGGCACCGAGAUCGGAAGCUUGCUUCUUUCCGCUCAUCUGAUCUGGAGACGUCUAGCUGAUGUUCACGACCGUGCGUAACGUUGGAACAGUGUCGUCGCUGGGGCUUGGUGUGUGAGCUGUGAGUAGAGGCAAUUACGUCCUCGGAGAGGGGCUCGACUCGGAGGGCUGACUCGGUCGACGUUAUUUCCAAAUUAGUUACCACAUGGGGCUACACGAACGCGUUCGGCGUGAGUGUCAGUUGGUACGAGAAGCACCAAUUGGAGGGGAGACCACCAAGUGAUAUCGCCUGGGUGAGUUCAAUCGUACCACUCUCAAGACGACUGAGGCAGGUCUGACGAUCUCAAGCUGUGUCGUUCCUGCAGAUCGGUUCGACUCAACUCGCCUUUGUGCUCGCAUGCGCCGUUAUCUCGGGCAAGGCUUUCGAUGCCGGCUACAUAAAAUAUCUGCUCGUGCUCGGCACCUGCAUCUACACCGCCGGUCUGUUUGGCCUGUCUUACGCGACGACCUACGUCCACAUCUUCCUCGCCCAGGGAAUCGCGUGCGGGAUGGCCGCCGGGAUUCUGUUCCUCCCUGCUGUUUCGGCCGUAUCGCAUUUCUUCCGCGUGCGACGAGCGACGGCGUUGGGUGUCCUCGCCACUGGCUCAUCGGUCGGUGGUGUGGUGUACCCUCUGCUGCUCAACCACAUCUUUCCCACAAUCGGGUUUGGCCCUGCGAUCCGCGCAGCGGGGUACCUCACCGUCGGCCUCCUCGUCAUCGCCUGCCUGACCAUCGACUCGCGCCUCCCACCUCGCAAAACGGGGCCCAUCAUCGACUUUAGCCACUUCCGCGACCCCGCUUACUCAGCUUUCGUCGCGGGCGAGUGCUUGAUCAUGUGGGGUCUGUACAUCCCUUAUUUCUACAUCCAGUCGUAUUCGUCGGCCCACGGCGUGCAUCCGCAAAUCUCGCUCUACUCGCUGUCGUUCCUCAACGCCGCUUCUUUGUUUGGUCGCAUCAUUCCCAAUUGGCUUGCGGACACGUACGGACCGUUCACCAUCCUAAUCGUAAGUCCGCUCCGGCCUCCACCGGCUACUGGACGCUUACCACGAAUCGUCUCGAUCCCUCGGCAGCCGAACUGUCUAGUUUCGGGCAUCUUUUGCUUCGCCUGGCUCGCGUUGGCCAAGACGAACGCCGGGACCGUGGUGUUCUGCUUGGCCUAUGGCUUUAGCAGCGGUGCCUAUGUCUCCAUGAUGCCUGCGUGAGUAUCUUCGUCCCCUAUCCGGUGAAGCGUGAUGCACUCAAUGGCUGAUGUUUCUUCACCUUUUGUUUCGAACAUCUCAGCUGCGUCGCCUCGAUGACGACCGAUAUGUCGACGAUCGGGAUCCGCAUCGCCAUGGCGUUCUUGGCCGUCUCCGUUUUCGCCUUGACGGGCACACCGAUCGCCGGCGCCAUGGUCGCUCGAGAGAACGGCAGUUAUGUCGGCGCGACCAUCUUCUCCGGCGUGAUGAUCAUCGUCGGGACGUGCGUCAAUGGCGCGACGUGGUCGCUCAUGUCCAAACGCAAGGGGACGAGGAGGGUGUGA